AUGAAGGCACCUUUCGACGGCAACGUAGUCGACGCGAGCAAGUUCCGGCCGAUCUGCCUGCCUCGCUCAGCGUCCGACUUUACAAUGCAGCCCAACAAGCGCUUCACGGUUUCCGAGGACUGCCUCUUUGUCAACAUUUUUGCCCCCAGUAACGCAACCGCCACCUCGAACCUACCCGUCAUGUACUUCAUCCAGGGCGGUGGUUUCCAGUCCCUGUCGAAUGCAAACUUUAAUGGCGGCGAUCUGGCCGCUUUCGGCAACAUCGUUGUCGUGCAGGUCAACUAUCGCGUCGGCCCCUUUGGCUUCCUGCACAGCAAAGAGGUCCAGAAAGAGGCCAACACCAACGUCGGCCUCAAGGACAUGAUCAUGGGGAUGGAGUGGACCAAGCAAAACAUUGCACAGUUUGGCGGCAACCCGGCGCAGAUCGUCAUGGCUGGCGACUCGGCCGGCGCCACGGCGGUUGCUCUGCUGCUGUCGGGCUGGGCGAGCCAGAACCCCCAGACCACGCUGGUCAAGGGGGCCAUCAUGGAAUCCUUGUCGCUGGCCACCCUCCGCACCAUCGACCAGGGCCAGGAGCAGUACGCGUGCCUGCUGAACAAGACGUCGUGCACCAGCUCCCCCGACACGCUGGCCUGCCUCCGGUCGGUCAACGCGUCGCAGCUGCAGACGGAGGAGUGCCAGUUCAACCCGAACCUGGACGGCGACCUCGUGCCGGCGUCGAUGCUGACGCGUUUCGACCAGGGCCUCUACCUGCGCGUGCCCAACAUCGCGGGCAGCUGCUCGGACGAGGGCACCAAGAACGUGCCCAAGGACACCAACACCACGGCCGAGGCCUUCAAGUUCUUCCAGGACCAGGCCUCGGGCGUGCUGAGCAACGCGAGCCUCGACCUCCUCCAAAAGACCUACCUGGACAAGACCAUGCCGCUCAAGGACGUACCGCCCAACCGCGCCGUCGACGCCAAGGCGCCCGCGGGCAAGCUGUGGCAGCAGCUGUCGCUGGCGCAGGGCGACUUUCGCGCGCACUGCGUCACGGCGCGCCUGCAAAACGCCAUGGCCAGGGACGGGGUCAAGACGUUCAACUACAGGUUCGCGCCCGUCGACGACGAACAGGAGAGGCUGGGGUUCGGCGCCUACCACACCGUCGAGCUCAACGCCGUCUUUGGGCCCAACAACACGGACGGCGACCCGCCCAAGUCGUACCGGACCUCGGGCGCCAACGCCAUCAUCGUCCCGCAGACCAUGGCCUACUGGGCGUCGUUUGUGCGGACGCUCGACCCGAGCCCCAUGAGGGCCGCGGACACGCCCGAGUGGAAGCCGUGGACUGGCACGCAGGGCCGCGAGAGGCUGCGGUUCAAGACGGGAGACGUCAACAUGGAGCGCAUGGAGGACGACCAGCGGAACAACUGCGAGAUGCUGGACCCCAUGCUGCCGGCCAUCGAGAUGCCUCAGCCAAAAGAGGUCGUGGUGGAGCUCAACAGGCCGGGGACGAGCUUUGGGAGCAGCUGGGGAACAUCCGAGAAUUCUGCUGCUGUUGCUGUUGCUGCGCCGGACCGUGGCGCAAAGAAACUUCAGGCCUCCUCGACCCCCUCUAGCGGCGGGACGAGGUCGACCGGUAGCGUGAGAUGGAGCGUGCUGUUGCUGACGUUGGCUCCUCUUGCUCCGAUGCUCCUGUGA